GCCGUAUAGUUGCUUAGUUGUACAUGCACUGGCCCUCCUUCUGACUAGACCGAUUUGUUGAGGAUUUUAUAAAUAGCCCAGCACGUGUCCUGAGUAUAGGGGGAAGAUGCCUCCGCCUAAAAUAUAUAUCUCACCAGAGAAAAAAUAAGAAGGUAUUACUUGAAAGCAUUCAAGAUUUCAAAUAAUAAAGAAAAUUAUUCUAUCACUUCUUAUAGCUGUGUGUAAUUUUAGACUGCCAUUCUACAAACUGAUUUAAAUUCAGUCUGUAUCAUGGUUAAUUAAACUAUAAUCGCAAGAAUGUUACAUAUUAUGUAACAAAACAAAAAUAUAAAUAAGUAUGGAUUAUAUCUACCUUAAAAGUAUAUAGGUCCUGUUUGUGUGUGUGUGUGUGUGUGUGUGUGUGUGUGUGUGUGUGUGUGUGUGUGUGUGUCUGCAUAUUUUUACAUAUUGGCUAGGACCAAAUAUCUGGGUUUUGAUCUCCAGGUGGUUCCUAUGAGGGGAAAAAUAAUAAUAAAACAGCCUAAAGCUUGCCUUUUUGGUUACUGAGAUUAAGGUCACUGUUAGAUUUAGGUGUAGCUUAGAAUUAAUGAGGUACAUUAACAAUUAUGGCAAUGGGAAGUUGUUACAAAGAUAGUACAACAUUUCCUGUUUCCCUGGGGUAUAAAUUUGUGGUUGUAUGAACUCAGUGCUGUGAAGAAUUGUAACUAAUGACCUCAAAGUAAAUAAUAUGAUUGAAUGAUAUUGUCAGUAAUGUAUUACUUACUCUGUCCCUUCCCACAAGUGUACAAAUUAAAGGUCAGAGAUGAGAUCUUUUCAUUUUCCCAAUGAUUUGAUCCUCUGUGUCCUCUAGUGUGUUUCUCUUUUCUCCUAUAUGCUAACAAUAUUUCCUUUUUGUUUCAGAUAUACAACCAUGAAAACGAGACUUGGUUGCCUAUCCAACAAAUCUGACUCAUGCAGCGACGUUUCAGAAUUUUUACCAUCUGGACCAGAAAGAUCCAUACGAUACCUGAAGUUAUCCACAGAUGAAGUGGCCAAAUGGACAGAUUCGUUUGAUAUUCUUCUGUCAAACAAGUAUGGAUUGGUGGCCUUCAGAGCAUUCCUUAAAACAGAGUUCAGUGAUGAGAACAUCGAGUUCUGGUUAGCUUGUGAAGACUACAAAAAGAUCAAAUCACCUGCAAAGCUGGUGUCAAAAGCCAACAAGAUCUACAAGGAAUAUAUUGAUGUUCAAGCACCAAGAGAAGUUAACAUAGACUUCAGGACCAGGGAAGAGACCAGACAGAAACUUCUGGAACCAACAUCCUCCAGUCUCAAUGAGAUCCAAACCAAGGUCUACAGCCUCAUGGAGAAAGACUCCUAUCCUAGGUUUCUUCAAUCAAAAAUGUAUCAACAGAUUGUGAACAGGACACAGAUGCACUGUCAGAGGAAGUCUGUUUAAAGAGGAAUCUCUAUGUUAUUUUGCUUGUGUAGUUAAAACCUAUAGAGAUGUUAGAGCAGACCUUUACUGUUAUACAUAUUGAGUUUGACUGAAUAUGCAUUGUAGAACUGUGAAGCUUGUUUGCACUUGUAUAGAGUAUAUAACAUGUUACUGUGCUCCUAUUUGAAGUGACCUCCUUCCCAAUACUAACACAGAUGAAUUUAUGCUUGUAAAAGCAUGUGGAUAAAAAUUAAUCACAGCUUCAUUUUGGGUGUAACAAUUUGAAAUCAAUUUACAGGUUUGUGGUUUACUAGUUAUUUACAUUUAUUUAUUUUUUUGAGUUUAUAAUUUAAAAAAGAGUAGUGAGUUGAUCAGAUGUCUUACAAAAAACACAAAUAGCACACAAAAAAAAAGAAUAACAGCCCAACACAUUCAAGAACAAUUAUUCAAGAAUCAGAAC